CACUUUUCAAUUGUAUCUGAUUUUUCAUGUGUUUUAUGAUUAAUAUUCUUGUAAUUCAAUCCUUUGAAACAUUAUUUCGCGAUUAUUUUAAUCAAGAAAUUUGUGUCAGAAUUUAAUUUAUUGAAAUUUUGAUAUAUUUAGAGCCAAACAAAGCUCUAAAUUCAUACAUAUUUCAAGAUAUUUUUAAACUGUUAUCGCGAUUUAUCACUACAAAUGUCAUCAUCAGUAGUUACCAAACUGUUUUCCAAACGGAAAAAUUCAUUAAAGUCACCGCAAAGUCCGGAACCGAUACCGUCAGACAUGUCUAACACUCGUUACCCGCAGAUCGGAAAACCCGCCCCGGAUUUCAAGGGAACAGCUGUAGUGAACGGCAACUUCAAAGAGAUCCAAUUGAGCGACUAUAAGGGCAAAUAUCUCAUCAUUUUCUUCUAUCCAUUGGAUUUUACGUUUGUCUGUCCGACGGAAAUCAUAUCAUUCAGCGACCGAUCGGAUGAGUUCCGUAAGACUAACUGCGAGAUUAUUGCCUGUUCUGCCGACAGUCACUUCAGUCACUUGGCCUNUAAGACUAACUGCGAGAUUAUUGCCUGUUCUGCCGACAGUCACUUCAGUCACUUGGCCUGGGUGAACACAUCGCGAAAAGAGGGCGGUUUGGGCCAAAUGAAGAUCCCGUUGUUGGCCGACAAGAACGGAAAGGUGUGUCAGGACUACGGCGUGUAUUUGGAAGACGCG